UGUGUGCCCCAGGUUUCGGGGGUGCACAACCUGCCUUUCUGAAGGAUAGAAGAGGGUGGCCGGCGCGUCUUCUAGCUGGACUUCUGUGCAGAGGAGCAGUUGCAGGCAAAGUUGCAAAGAAUCAGUGAUCCAGAGACGGGGGAACUGAAUUCCGGGACUGACGAGAACCAAGGGCAAUAGAGUGAAAUUGGCUCCUGACUGACCUCUAGCAUCCAGGACCCAGACUCAAGACCAUGGGACCCCAGAAUUCACACUCCGUGAAGCUGCUCUGCUUCCUAGGAGCUAUCUCUGCUCUGCCUCGGACUGGGGCUCUUUUGUGCUAUGAAGCAACAUCCUCACUCUUCAGAGCUGUUAGCUUCCAUAACUGGAAAUGGCUUUUGAUGAGGAGCAUGGUGUGUAAGCUGAAUGAGGGCUGUGAGGAGACGCUGGUGUUCAUCGAGACAGGGACAAAAAGGGGCGUUGUAGGUUUUAAAGGCUGCAGCCCACUUCCAUCUUACUCCCAGAAAGUCUCCUACCUCAUUUCUCCGCCUGGAGUGUCAAUUGCCUCCUACAGCCGUGUCUGCCGAACCUACCUCUGCAAUAACCUCACCAGCUUGAAUCCUUUUGUGAAACUCAAGGCCAGCACUCCUAAGACGUUAGCAUUUUCUUCCAGUAGUUGUCCGACAUGUGUGGGCGAGCACUUUGGUGAUUGCCUCCCAAAUUUUGUCACUACAGAGUCUUGCCCUGAAAAGGCCUCUAAAUGUUACAGUUCCACCUUAAAGUUUCAGGCAGGAUCUCUGAAUACCACCUUCCUUCUCAUGGGCUGUGCUUAUGAGCAAAACAAAAUUUUAACAAAAUUUCAGAAUAUUGGCACCAUAAAAGUGACUGAGGUCAUCAACAUCUUAGAGAAGACCCAGAUUUCUGGUUCAGAGCCCUCCACUCCGGGUCCUGCUUGGGGCAUCCUCUUAAGUUUCCUGUUUGCCUUCAGAGGCUGAUCUAGCUGGACCAGAUCCCAGAACCCUUCUAAAUAACCAAAUAAAGUAUAAAUGUUGUCUUUCUU